UUUAGCGCAGUUGUAAAACUUUCAGCUGUCCUAUCAGCUGUCAUAAAUAUUCGACAAUCAUGCCGAACACACCCGAGCAACGCACCCACCUGAUUUUGGAAAACUACAUCGGGGGAAAGUUCGUCUCCUGCCCGAGUCACAUCGACUCGUAUGAUCCGUCCACCGGGGAGGUCUACUGCAAAGUGCCCGACAGUGGCAAGGAUGAGGUGGAUGCAGCAGUGUCGGCUGCCAAAGAGGCUUUCCCUGGCUGGUCCUCCCGCAGCCCGGAGCAGCGAGCUCAGGUCCUCAACAAGCUGGCCGACCUGAUGGAGGCCAACCUGGAGGACUUCGCUCAGGCCGAGUCCAGAGACCAAGGGAAGACGUUAACGUUUGCCCGGACCGUAGACAUUCCCAGAGCUGUAUACAACUUCCGCUUCUUUGCAUCAUCGGUGGUCCACCACACCACUGACUGCAGCCAGAUGGACCACAUGGGCUGUGUCAACUACACCAUCCGCUGCCCGGUGGGAGUGGCUGGCCUAAUCAGCCCCUGGAAUCUCCCCCUCUACUUGCUAACCUGGAAGAUCGCCCCUGCCGUUGCCGCGGGCAACACAGUGGUAGCCAAACCCAGCGAGAUGACAUCCGUCACUGCCUGGAUGAUGUGCAAGUUGAUGCACGAGGCCGGUGUUCCUCCGGGGGUAAUUAACAUCGUAUUUGGCACUGGACCGAGAGCAGGCGAUGCCCUGGUAGGCCAUCCUGAUGUCCCGUUGGUCUCCUUCACGGGAUCCACUGCGACGGCCCAGCGCAUCACGGAGCGGAGCGCCCCCUACUGCAAGAAGCUGUCGUUGGAGCUGGGUGGUAAAAACCCUGCGGUGGUUUUUGCCGACGCGGACCUGGAGCAAUGUAUCGCCACCACCGUGCGCUCCAGUUUCUCCAACCAAGGAGAAAUUUGCCUGUGUACCAGCAGGAUUUAUGUAGAGAGGAGUAUUUACCCCGAGUUCCUAGAAAGGUUUGUGGCCGCAGCCAGGAAGUGGAAGACAGGGUCGCCCUCUGACCCCGGCAACAACAACGGUGCACUCAUCAGCAAAGAACACCUGGAGAAGGUGCGUAGCUUUGUCAAACUGGCCAGGUCAGAGGGUGGCACUGUCCACUGUGGUGAGGGGAUCGACCGGCUGGACCUCCCCGAGCGCAACGCCUCGGGCUACUUCAUGGCUGCCACGGUCAUCUCAGGCAUACCCGACAGCUCUCGCGUCAUGCAGGAGGAGAUCUUCGGCCCGGUCACCUGCAUCCGCCCCUUUGACACCGAGGACGAAGCCGUUUCCAGGGCCAACAGUGUGCGUUAUGGUCUGGCGGCCACCGUGUGGUCCCGGGACGUGGGGAAAGUCCACAGGGUUGCCAAGCGGCUACAGGCAGGUUUGGUGUGGACCAACUGCUGGCUGGUGAGAGAUCUGAAUCUGCCGUUCGGAGGGAUGAAGAGCUCAGGGGUGGGCCGGGAAGGAGGGAAGGAUUCCUACCACUUCUUUACAGAGGUUAAGACCAUCACCAUCAAAUAUUGAGGCAGGUGAGGAAGAAGGAAGAGGAGUCUGUUGUUAUUGGCAGCCAGGUUUAAAAGGAAAAGAGGGCAAAGUGGAGGAAGAGAGCAGGAAGAAGGGAUGAGCUUUGGACUUUACUUGGCAUGCUCCAGAGGAUCACAUGUCCCAACAGUCAAGUGUAUUUUUUUCCCCCUUCAACUCUUUCAUGGAAGAAAGCAACAGAACUUAAUUAACUCAGAUGAGAGGUAGACGAGUACACAGAGGUACAACUGCAGCCGACUAACAUUUAUUUUAGAUCAGUAAAAACUGUGAAACAUACAAACAGCAGCAUGAUGAAUAAAGCUGAAAAUGUUUCAACUUUGCCCGAAGCAAACGAGCACAAAGGGAGUGGAUUUAUCUUUUGAUUCGUAGUCUCACCGAAAAUUCGCAUAUCGAAUAUUCAAUCUUUGUUUCAUCAGCUCAAAAUCCGCAGGCUGCAUUGGCGUUUGAUUUAUUCUUUUGAGAUGUUUAUGCAUGAAGCAAUCAAUCUCAAUCUCAGCUCCGAGUCACUGCAACUCCGAGUCGUCUUUCAAUAAAUGCUCUUCGCACAUCCACCAUCUGCCGUUUGGUGAGU